CUUUGAUCCGACCAUCCGCCCCUAGAAUAAAAGUUGUUGACCAUUGGAUCCAUUUUUUACCAGGAAAAGGUCCCUUUCAGACUCUAUCAUACUUUCUCUCUUCUUGUGCUUCUCUCUCUCUCUCUGCGCUUUGCUCUGCUUGUUCUCUGUUGCUGCUACGUACUGGUGCAGGUCGUGUGUGAGUGAAGAGUGGUUAUCAUUGUUGUCGCCCACAGAUUCUCUGUUGUUUUCUCGUGUCUCCUUGUGGUCCAUCUGAAGUGUCACCUUUCUCGCACACGUUGAACUUCAUACUCGUAUGACUUCGUUCAACAUUCCACCCCAUCACCACAUCAAGCGUAUUUGGAAAAGCUUUGAUCGUAUUGCUUGGCCCCUCUCCGUCCGUUGCAGUGCUCUCCAACAGUCGUCUUCAGCUUUGUAAGUCAGGUGUUGAUUGGUUGAUAAGCCCAUCUUCACGACCAGACUCAGGAAGCUGAAGUCAUGGCGGGCAAACAAGACAUGGUGACGCCGGCCCCGGCAGCGGCCCCGCCUUCGAAGAACACCCCCGAAAACACGGCCGCCGUGGACUCGGCCGCUGAGGACAACACCGACCCCAGCAAGACGCAUAUCAACAUCGUCGAGCAUGCCCGUUCGGCUGCCCACAAGGAGCGUACCAUGACCCUCCGCCAGGGCAUCAAGCUCUAUCCCAAGGCCAUUUUCUGGAGUAUCCUCAUCUCCACAUGUAUUGUAAUGGAGGGCUAUGACAUCUCUCUCGUCAAUAACUUUUAUGCCUUCCCGCAGUUCAACAAGAAGUAUGGCGUCCUUGGUGAUGAUGGAGAAUACCAGGUACCGGCUGCGUGGCAAGCUGGUCUGAGUAACGGAGCCCAUUGCGGUGAGAUCAUUGGUCUUUUCAUCAACGGAUGGAUCUCAGAACGAUUUGGUUAUCGUUACACUGUCAUGGCCUGUCUUGUCUGUGUAGCUGGCUUCACAACCAUCUUCUUUACCGCCCAGAACGUUCAGACCCUGCUUGUUGCUGAGAUACUUUGUGGUAUUCCGUGGGGUAUCUUCCAAACAUUGACCAUCACCUACGCAUCUGAAGUUUGUCCUGUUGCUCUGCGUGGGUACUUGACGACGUAUGUCAACUUCUGCUGGGGCCUUGGCCAGGAGAUCGGCAUAGGCGUCAUUCACGCCAUGCUCAAGCGCGACGAUGAAUGGGCGUACCGCAUUCCAUAUGCUCUCCAGUGGAUGUGGCCCUUGCCGCUCCUCAUUGGCAUCUUUUUUGCGCCUGAAUCGCCGUGGUGGCUGGUCCGAAGAGGUCGCACCCAGGAUGCUAAGGAGGCAUUGCUUCGCUUGACCAGUCUCGACCGCGAGACUGACUUUGACGCCGACGAAACUAUCGCCAUGAUGGUACAUACAACUGCCCUUGAAGAGAAGAUCACAUCUGGUGCAAGUUACUGGGACUGCUUCAAGGGCACCGACCUUCGCCGUACCGAGAUCGUAUGCAUGAUCUGGGCCAUUCAGAACCUAAGCGGCAAUUCAUUCUCCAACUAUUCCACCUACUUCCUUGAACAGGCUGGACUAUCAGCCGACAAGGCAUAUUCAUUUGCCCUUGGCCAGUACGGCAUCAAUAUGGCCGGAGUUUUUGGUGCUUGGGGUCUUAUGACUUUGGGUAUUGGCAGACGAUCCUUAGUUCUCUAUGGUCUCUGCGGUCUUUGUUCCAUGUUGCUCAUCAUGGGUUUCCUUGGUCUAGUGCCCGAGGCUCAUCGAAGUCAAUCAUCGCUAGCCACAGGCUGUAUGAUGAUUGUAUGGGCGCUGUUCUACCAGCUGACCAUUGGAACUGUAUGCUAUUCUCUUGUGGGAGAAUUGUCAUCCCGGCGUUUGCAGAUCAAGACAGUUGUUCUUGGCCGUAACCUCUAGUAAGUCACGAAUAUUGUGAAAGACAGGGACGCUGUCCUCAGUUGGCGUUUAGCUAUGAUGAAACUGUUGUUACUGAGAGCUAACCACAUUUGACAACAGCAACGUCGUGGGCAUUAUCAACAGCGUUUUGACUCCUUAUAUGCUAAACCCCACAGCCUGGGAUUGGGGUAAUUAUGCGGGAUUCUUCUGGGGCGGUAUUUGCUUCUUGUGCAUCAUCUACACCUUCUUCCGGUUACCAGAGCCAAGCGGGCGCACAUUUGCGGAGCUCGACGUGCUUUUUGAGCGAGGUAUCAGCGCAAGGAAGUUCGCGUCUACUGAGGUGGAUGUAUUCCAUGAGACCGUGGAGGAGAAUGUCAUGAAUCGGUACGAAGAACUCGCGGACGCACCCUCCGAGAAGGUCCACGACAAAGCAUAGGUUGGCAGAUUGUAACUGCUCAGCCCCCUACGCACUCUGACCCCAGUGCAAGAGAUGAAUAAUGUUGUCGAGAUGAUUAUACUCCAACCUUGCAAAUAUCCCAGCAAAGCAUCAGAUGUUCAGCUGAAAUGCGCCACAGGUAAGAUGAAGAGAUCUUGCUAAGGGGAUAUCUCGGAUCUUGGUCGGCAUUGACAUUUGCCUUGGCACUUGCAUCACAUCGGCGUUGGCGUUUGGGAGUAAGUUCCAUAUCCUUAUGGACUUGCAAAAUGUAGUUGCAAAAAACGGGAGGCUCCAGUAUGUGAUUUAGUUGAAGACGUCACGAUAAUUGACUUAAUGAUUCCCUUGGUAGAUGCUGUAUUUCUUUUGGUGUGAAAUUGACCGGUGUUUGAAGCCCCCACGUUUUGGUAAUUUCAGUUUGAAAUGUUUGG